GACGCUCCAUGGCAGCCCUGCCUGGAGAUCCCAGCACCUCCUCCGCUCUCCCAGCCUUCCUCAUGCCCCUUCUCCUCCUCCUCCUCCGGCACCCAGGGCUCCUUCCUCCCCAGCGCCCGCCGCCUCCUUCCCGCACCCUAGCCCCCCACCCUGGGCGAGGGGGGGACCGGGGAGCGCCCAAACUUUCCCAUGGAGUUUCUGCGGGCGCUCUGGCUGUGCGUGGGGGUGGCGGGCAGCCUCCUGCCGGCGCCCUGCCAGGGGCACCCCCAGCCCUGCCACAUCCUCGCCAGGGUCGGGCACACGGUGCGCCUGGGCGCGCUGCUGCCCCCGGGGGGCGCGCAGAGCCGGGUGCGCAGCGCCCUGGCCAGGGCGAGCCGGGCCAGCCGGUUCCCCUAUAACCUGAGCUUGGAGAUCGUGCCGGGGGCUCCCCGGGAGCGGGACCCGGCCUCGCUGGCCCGCUGGCUGUGCCAGGCGCUGGUGGUGCAGCGGGUGGCGGCCGUGCUGGCCUUCCCCGGGUCCCGGGAGGAGCUGCUCCAGCUGGAGUUCCUCUCCGCCGCCCUGGAGAUCCCCUUCCUCAGCGUCCUGGAGCUGGAGCAGCGGAUGCCCUUCAGCGCCCAGAAUCCCUUCCACCUGCACAUGGACCGGAAGAGCCCCAUGGAGACCCUGGUGGACGUGCUUGGCAGCGUCCUGCAGACCAACAACUGGCACGAGAUCACCCUGGUGCUGUGCCACACCUGGGACGUCUCUGGCUUCCUGGAUUUCUGGACCAGCACCACCGACCUCUUCCUGAGGACCAUUCUGGACCUGAGCUACCUGGAUGAGCCGGGUGCCACCAGCUACCUCCGCCAACACUUGGAGGAGCUCGAGGAGCUGGCCGGCCCGGUGCUGCUCUUCGGCUGUGACGCCCGCCUCUCACGGCUGGUGUUCAGGGCAGCCUCGGAGUCCGGCCUGAGGCUGCAGGACUUUCACUGGAUGCUGGGGCAGCCGUUGAAUGUGGACGAGCUGCAGACGGAGGGGCUGCCCCUGGGCCUCCUGGCUUACGGGGAGGUCAGCAGCCCCACGUUGGAGCAAUUCACCCAGGACGCGGUGGAGUUGGUAACCCGGGCCAUCUCCAGCGCCAUGUACGUCCGGCCCGACCUCACCCUCAUCCAGAGCAUGGUGAACUGCAACGACAAGCACGUGGAAGGCUCGGAGUCCUCUGGGCACUACCUCUCCAGGUUCCUGGCCAACACGUCGUUCCACGGGCGGACGGGGCGGGUGUCCGUGAGGAACACGUCGCUGGUGCACACCGAGCACCGCUACCGGAUCUGGAGCCUGCUGCGCGACUCCCUGGGGGCGCCCACCUGGGUGACGGUGGGCAGCUGGCAGGACGGCAAGCUGGAGGUGGAGGAAGGGUUCUGGCAGAACCAGCUGCCGCGCAAGAGCCCGGAUAGCAGGGGUGGCUUCUUGCCUGUGAGGCUGCGGGUGGUGACGCUGGUGGAACACCCGUUUGUCUUCACGCGGGAGGUGGACGAGGAUGGGAGCUGCCCAGCCGGGCAGCUGUGCCUGGACCCCCACACCAACGACUCGGCCGUGCUGGAGGCCCUCUUCGAGGCGCUCACCGCCAAGAACGGCUCGGUGCCCCUGGCGUACAAGAAGUGCUGCUACGGCUACUGCAUCGACCUGCUGGAGAAGCUGGCCGAGGACCUGCCCUUCGACUUCGACCUCUACAUCGUCGGGGACGGCAAGUACGGGGCCUGGAAGAACGGGCAGUGGACGGGGCUGGUGGGGGACCUGCUCAGCGGCACGGCCCACAUGGCCGUCACCUCCUUCAGCAUCAACUCGGCCAGGAGCAAGGUCAUCGACUUCACCAGCCCCUUCUUCUCCACCAGCCUGGGCAUCCUGGUGAGGACCAAGGACACGGCCUCACCCAUCGGCGCCUUCAUGUGGCCCCUGCACUGGACCAUGUGGGUGGGGAUCUUCGUGGCCCUGCACCUGACGGCGCUCUUCCUGACCCUCUACGAGUGGAAGAGCCCCUACGGCAUGACCCCGCACGGGCGCAACCGCAUGAAGAUCUUCUCCUACUCCUCGGCCCUCAACCUCUGCUACGCCAUCCUCUUCGGGCGCACCGUCUCCAGCAAGACGCCCAAGUGCUACACCGGCCGCUUCCUCAUGAACCUCUGGGCCAUCUUCUGCCUCCUGGUGCUCUCCAGCUACACGGCCAACCUGGCCGCCGUCAUGGUGGGGGAGAAGACCUUCGAGGAGCUCUCGGGGAUCCACGACCCCAAGCUGCACCACCCCUCGCAGGGCUUCCGCUUCGGCACGGUGUGGGAGAGCAGCGCCGAGGAGUACAUCAAGAAGAGCUUCCCCGAAAUGCACGAGUACAUGAGGCGCCACAGCGUCCCCACCACCCCCGCCGGGGUCACCAUGCUCAAGACCGAGCCCCCCAAGCUCAACGCAUUCAUCAUGGACAAGUCCCUUCUGGAUUACGAGGUCACCAUCGACUCGGACUGCAAGCUCCUCACCGUGGGGAAGCCGUUUGCUAUUGAAGGCUAUGGAAUCGGGCUCCCCCAGAACUCGCCCCUGACCUCCAACCUCUCCGAGUUCAUCAGCCGCUACAAGUCGGCCGGCUUCAUGGACCUGCUGCAUGACAAGUGGUACAAGAUGGUGCCCUGCGGCAAGCGGGUCCUGGGUGUCACCGAGACCCUGCAGAUGGGCAUCUAUCACUUCUCUGGCCUCUUUCUGCUGCUGUGCAUCGGGCUCUGUGGCUCCUUGCUCACCUCUCUGUGCGAGCACGUCUUCUACCGCCUCAUCCUGCCCUGCAUCAAGAGGAAGAAGAAAUUCAACUACUGGCUACACACCAGCCAGAAAAUCCACCGGGCACUGAACGUGGGCUUCGAGGAGCAGAAAAACCAAAAGCUGAGACUCGAGAAAAGGUGCAACAUUCAGAAGAGCCAAGAGGCACCAGCCCCAAAUUCCAGCCAGCCAAGCUGGAACAACCUCAGGAAGGCUGCUGGGAAAGAGGACAAGCGGGUGCAUUUUAACAUGGAGCAGAUGCCCCCUGAGCCAGCGCAGGAGAAGGAGGUGCCCGUGUGGCACUGCAUGAAUGGCAGGGUACCCCAGCCAGAGGAGUGGGACACCAGAGAGAAGGAGCUCAGGGAGCUGGAGGAACGGAUCCAGGCAAUCAGGGAUCAGCUGAGAGCUGCCCUGGUGCGGAAGAGCGAGCUGAUGGUGGCAUUGGGGCCCACCAAGAACAUCAGCAUGCUGCCUGUUAAGCCCAUGGCAGAGAACAACAAGGACAGGUAAUGGGACACGGGCCAUUCAGGUUCCUUUUGAACUCACUCUGGAAAACCAGCUGCUGUUUCCUUUCACAUCUUAAAUCAAACCAGAGCCUGGAGAGCGAGUGCAGAGGCUCCUGGUUGGGGAAGUGGUGAAGCUGCAUAGAUCACAACUGGGAAACACUCCCAACUCAUUCACCACUUUGUUUGAAAUUAAUUUCUUCAUAUCACAGCUAGGACCCAAUUCCCACCCUGCUGCUGUCCUUUGUUAAUGGCAAGCUUAGAGAUUUCCACGUGAUCAGCUUACUGUAGAGGCAUGGUAGAACCCUCCAUCAGGCUCCUGACAGCUAUGGAAAGGAGGGUCUCACUUAAAAACAUUUUCAGUUACAUAUCCAUUACUGCAGGUGCGAGGACAGACAGGGCUGGCUUUUCCUCAAGGAGGAAGUUCUAGGUUUAGUUCUUUCCCCACUGCCUCAGAACAAGGAAUCCUUCCCUAUUUAAAACAGUUGUUUGGGGAAACUCGAUAGAAUCCAGUGAGGAACUAAGAACUGGUGACUCAGGCUAGGAAAGUUUGUGCCCAGUUUCGGAUCCCUUCUCUCUCCAGGGUGGGUGUGCAGCAUGGAAUAGAGACCUACUCAAACUUUCCCCUACAACAUCUGAGGGGGGCAGUUGUCCAGAAAACACUGUGAUGUGGGUGAUGCAAAUUCUAAUAGUGUUUCCUUUCGCUGGCAGCAUCUGUAACAUUGACUGUAAAUAAAAUGUACAAAGUUCAAGAUUUUAACUAGAAUAAAAAGCAAAGCAGACUUCUCCUCCCUCCCACCCACCCCCUUCAGAUCCCGUAGGUGGGGGUGAAAAAGCAGAUUGACUCAGGAAUCUGCUCACUAGCUCCUUCAGCCCCCAAGCUUGUCCAUCUCCCUCACGCGCAUGAGUUUCUCUCCCCAUCUUUCCUUCACUCUGAGCUGUUUUUUGGAUGCAACGGUCAGCCUGGGAUUAGGAUUUUAUUUACUGAAUUAAGAUUAGAUUUAGCCAGGAUCCUCCCUCAAGGCACAAAACUGCAGAAUUUAAAUGGACAGAGCUACAGGGAAUUUAAUCACAAAACUGUAUUUUUGAGUAAAGCUGGGGGUGGGGGGAAAUCUCCUUCCACCUUCAGCCCAGCAGCAAGAGUUUUAUGCAGAGGGAAACUUCUCUUCCGUCACUGCAGGACUCCCCUUUUUUCGUGCUUGCUCAUUGCUGGUGAGGUUUUGGUUAACACAAUCCCUUCGUUUCAGACACAGGAAAGUCCCAGCUUGUCUCAUCUCUGAUGUGAUGGAAGAUCAGAGAUGUAGGUAUGAGAAUGUAGCAGUCCGUACACAUAAGAGGGUGACUGACCAUGAGCCCUGCAGCAUUAAAAGUCCAAAAGGUGCUGUCAAGCUGUUUUUAAAGGGAGGUCAGUAAAUCUGAGAGAUGGAAACCCAGGGGGUUCAGGCCCAGGCCCAGGCCCUCAAAAAUAUUUAGGCUCCCAAGUCCUCAACAUAGUUUGGAGAACUAGCUACAGAAGUGCAGCAGCAUCUUCUCCAUAUGGCUGUGCAAUGUGCUCAAGCCAAAGGCUGGCUGCUCUUCUGUUCCUCCAGUGCUGUGCUGUGUGUGGGGUGGGGGAAGGUUGGCCUGGAAGACCCUGGGGCAAUUCCCUGCUCCACCACAGACUCCCCAGGCAAGUCACUUAAUCAGUAUCUCAGCUCCCCAUCUGUAACAAAGAAAGUGCCCUACCUCCAGGCUAGGGAGGUGCUCAGACAUUAUGACAGCAGUAAGUCUCUUAGACCUAGGAGCUAAGUGUAUGUGAUACUGCCCAGAAUGAAGACCAGAGCCUCACAGAUCCAGCCUGCCCAGACCCCUGCACGACCGUUCGCAAAGCAGCAGCACUGAAGCUGUUAGAGAUAAUAUUUAUUAUAUAUAUACAAACACAUUUUUUACAUUAAUUAAAUAGAAUGAACUCUACCCUUCAUUCAGCAAAUGAUUUGGUUCAUUUCCCCCCCUAAAAUCCUACAGCUGUUUCUGCUGGCUUGUGCUCUCUGACCUUUACAACCUGUCCGCAAGGAGCCCAGCUGCCUAGAAGCAGCAUCAAAUAAUUGAGGGGGGAGAUGUUGGCUGGACCCGGUCUCGCUCCUGGGGAGGCUGGGUGUAGUGAGAGGGGUCCACCAACAUACCAGGCCCUGGCAUGCACACUCCACCUCCAGCAGCAGCAUCUACUCCCUAAAUGGGUUUCUGGGGAGGAAAGGCAGAGAAAGAGAAAGCUGAGAUACUGUCAGAAACCUCUUUGAGCUGGGCAGCCACUGACAUGGCAAAUCCUUCGAUCACACCCCAAUUCCCCAUCCAACAGCACCUCCCCUGUGUGGUAAGCAGUGGAAAUACCUGAGGGCCUCAUUCCUGGGACUGAUCAGACAGGAAGGAAACACCGGAUGAGGGCUGAUUAGCUCCUGUAGACAAGGAUGGAGCCCAAGGACAAUUCCACAGCUUGGUCUCCAUCCCUCUUGAGACAUGCCUCCCACCUCCCCUCUAAUCAAGGGGGGCUAAGCCCCACCCUCCCCCUUGGCACUUCCCUUUUCCACCACAUACACUACCUUUUCCUGAGUUUACCUCCCCUCUCAGAGCCUUACUGGGGGAACUGGACAUCACUUACCACAAACCCUUCUCCAAAGGGAGCAGCUCCCAGGACGGGCUCAGCCUGCGCUGGUAUGCGACCUAGAAAACUCUGCUGCCGGUAACAGGAUGGUUCCUAAUGCAGCCUCUUUAACUUGAGUACCAGAUGUCACCCACGAGAACUAGUUAGUAAAAAGGUAUAGAGACAGACAGCCCUUGGGCAAACUACAGUCUACCAGGGUGAGACACUAAUCUCAGAGCUAGCUUUGCCUCUUCCUUUCAGCAGGACAGUGCUCCAGGCUUCCUUUUUGCCAAGGAGGAAAGGAGAGGGGGUAUCUAAAUUUCUUCUUGGCUUCAGUGUUUGGGUCCUUUCCUUUUCUACUGAACCACCAUGAGUAACAGUUUUCUACCUGCAGUCUCCCCUUCUGGCCCUGUGCCAAGGGGGUUUCUCGACUUGUGGAAGGGCCCAAUCUUAGGAUGUGAAGGUGUCCCACGCAUGGGACAAGGCACUGAAAAAAACAGGCUACGCCACCAAAGCAAAGAGUGGAGCUGUGGGGUGACAGGGCUAUACACAUGCGUCCCUGAUGGCUCCUUCAUGAAUUAUGAAGCUAUAGUUCAAUUCCUAAUGUUUUCAGGCCACAGCCCCUGGCACUAGCUCCCCUCUAGCUUACCCAGUCUAUGGGCUAUGCAUUUAAGGUGCUAGAUUCAGAGAGCCCCUGCCGAGAGGCCAUGUGGCGGAAAGAAGAGCUGCUCUCCUUGCAGGGGUGCAGUGGGAAUGGAAAAGGGAGGAUAGCUAUGGGGAUCCAUCCCAGAAUCAGCCUAGAUGGUUACAAGCACACCCCUGCCACCAGCCUGCAGGGGGAAGCGGUAUGAACCUAUCAGCUCAGGCACAGCUGACUGGCUCUCGGAGAGCUGUUAGCACAGGAAAACAGCCUCACGUUUCACCUCUCCCAGGACAGGCUGGCCACUGGGAAGGGGGCAGCAGGAAGAUGCUUGACUACAGCUAAUCGAAGCCUUAUUCCCAGCUUCUCGUCUGCGAUGAAAUCUGGUAGAAGGGCACAGGGCUUAAGAUGCACUUUCCCUAGUGGAGGGCCAAGCUUGCUGAUGCCCUUUGCUGCCUUCUGUGGAUCUCCAAAGGAGACGUUAACACCCCCUGCCCGCCACACACACAUUCCCUUAAAUUGCAGUUCUAAAAGAUAGGAACGCCAAGAAACUGCCACCUGUAUCUUCUCCCCAACAUUAAUACAGACUUGUGUCUCACCCUUUAAAACCUCUGCAUCUUUCUAAAAAUAGACAGAGCUAUAUAUAUAAUUUGUCUUUGCAACAGUCAACUUUACUCCUUUGUUAAGUAGCCAAAAAACCCCUCUACAGUCAAGGCCCACAUGGCUGGUGAGGAACACGAGCGGAAAACAGGGAGACAGUUGUGGACAAAGUCAGCUAGACACUACCAAACUGUCAGAGUGAAGAUGUCAAGCAGCAUCCACCAAAACUCCCAUGAUGAAAGGAAAUGACUUAGCUCCAGCAAGUGGUUUCUGACUGCCCCCGAGGUUCAUUUCCAUUUCAGCUGAUGAGCUUUCCAGCCUCUCUUUCCAGGAAUACACCACACUAGAUGCAACUCAUCACACUAAGAUUUUUUUUGGGGGGGGGGGGUUAAAACAAAAAAAAAUUGUUUAGUACAAUUUGGGUCACACUUGCAAAGGCAAGUAAGGCUAAUGACUCAGUCCCCAGCUGCUGAUCCAGUACUACUGGAAGCCCUUCCUCGUGAGAGCAACACAAGGGGGGUGGGAGGAAGGAGUGGGGACCACAGAACUGUGACAUUGACUAGCCCAAGUGACCAAUCCGGCAGCCCUGUUGUCUGCCAAU